AUGCAAGCAACUAUCCAGCAGCUGGUGGAAGUGGUGUCCAGCAUGCAAGGGGAGAUUCACCGGUUCUCAUCUCAGACCCCUACUCCUGCUGUUGCCCCUGCUCCUGUGCAUCAUGCAUCUCCUGCUGUGACGUCUGAUGGAGACUCUAGGCUUAAAAUUCCUACUCCUAAGGCUUAUGAUGGCUCCCAGGCGUCAGGUGCAGUUGAGAACUUCCUCUUCGGUUGUGAGCAGUACUUCGUGGCCAAGCAAACACCUGCUGACAAGCAAGUGUUCUUUGCAGCUGCGUCACUGGAGGGAAUCGCCAAGACAUGGUGGAGAUUCCUCUGUCAGAAGGCCGGAGCACGUGUGGAUGCUCUCUAUGAUUGGAAUGUAUUCCACGAUCAGCUCUUGGACAGGUUCAGAGUAGUUAAUGCUAUGCGUCAUGCCAGGGAUCAGCUUGCUGACCUCAAGCAGGAGGGAAGUGUACGGAGCUAUGCACAGAAGAUGCAAGACUUAGCUCUUCAAAUCCCCUCCCUGCAGGAUGACGAACUCCUGGAUCGCUUCCUCCGAGGCCUGAAGACAAGGACCCGCAUGGAGGUUACCAUGCGCGAGCCUCAGACCUUUGAGGAAGCGGUCAAACUCGCUGACCGCUACGACUCCCUGUUUAGCCCCGAAGAACACGAGCGACUCCUCCGCGAAGUUUUCGCCCGCCUCCGCACCCACAAACUCUACGCCAAAGAGUCCAAGUGUGAGCUGUGGCGUACGGAAGUCACCUUCAUCGGCCACGUCAUCAACAAGGACGGCGUCAGCAUGGAAGCCUCCAAGGUUGACGCAGUUAAUGCGUGGCCCCAGCCGCAAGAUCCGGGCGACAUCCGCUCGUUUCUCGGCCUUGCUGGUUUCUACCGUCGAUUUGUCCAUCGCUUCUCGCAGAUUGCCGCCCCGCUCACUGACUUGUUAGUUAAGGACGCUCCGUUUAUCUGGACUGACCGCCAUUCCCACGCCUUCCACUCACUUAAAUACGCCCUAACCCACGCGCCCAUUCUCCGCCCCUACGAUCCCUCGCUCCCCUGUACGGUCGAUUUCGAUGCGUCAGAUUUUGCGGUGGGAGGGGUACUGUUGCAGGGUACGGACGGCGAGCUUUUACCGGUCGCGUUCGAGUCCAAACGGCUCAACCGGGCCGAGCGGAACUACUCCGCACGCGACCGGGAGCAGUUAGCCCUUGUGCACGCCACGCACAAGUGGCGUCACUACUUGCUCGGUCGCCCGGUCACUGUAAGUACUGACCACCGACCACUUCUCUUCCCCCUCAGGCUCGAGUUCAUGAAGUCCCGACAUCACCGGUGGGAAGAACAGCUUGCCCAGUUCAACCUCAACCUGGUGUACCGGGAAGGGCGUCUCAACAUCGUACCAGACGCCCUGUCCCGUCGCCCUGACCAUAAGGCGGAACCUCCGGUUAACCAGCCUGUCUUAGCCGCGGUGUCCAGUGUUAUCCCUGACCCUGCAUUCCUAACCGCUGUUCGCCAGGCCAUCACCUCUGACCCAUUCGCACAGACUGCAAUCUCUGCCAUGCUCUCUGCUGACACUGCCUAUGCAACCUUCGCGCUUGACGAUACAUUACUCUUCGAAUCUGACCGCUUGUACAUUCCUCCAGUUCCCGCACUUCGUACACGCGUCCUCAAAGAACACCACGACUGCCAGGCAUCCGGGCACUUCGGCAUGGACAAGACGGAAGAUCUGGUCAAUCGAUCUUUCUAUUGGCCAGAUCUUCAGCGCGAUGUCCGCCGCUACAUCCGGAGCUGCCCGCAAUGCCAAGCCAACAAACCCACCAACCGACGGCCCGCCGGGCUACUCCAACCACUCCCCAUCCCCAACCAACGCUGGGAGCAAAUCACCAUGGAUCUGAUUCUCGGGCUGCCAAAAACCACGCGUGGCCACUCUGGCAUCGUGGUUUUUGUCGAUCGUCUGUCGAAGCAAAUCUUGCUUGCUCCAGUCGGUGAUGAUACCACAGCACCUGUCAUUGCUCGCAUAUAUUUCGACACUGUCUUCCGCCAUAAGGGCUUGUCCAGGCACAUCCACUCAGACCGGGACCCUCGAUUUACGUCUCACUUCUGGCGCACCCUUUUCAGGUUACUAGGCUCCAAGGUCACCCACACCACCGCCUUCCAUCCCGAGUCUGACGGCCAGACCGAGCGUGCCAACCGGGUGGUCGAAGAAGUUCUGCGCCACUACGUCCACGCCCGGCAUACUGACCGGGACGUCCACUUAACCCCGGUGGAAUUCUCCUACAACAAUUCCAAACAAGCCUCCACCGGCUUCUCCCCCUACUUCCUCACCACGGGGCAACACCCCCUCACACCCGGUUCACUCCUCAAACCUCCCACUUCCGACAUUCCCGCAGUCGACACCUUUCUCCAAACCAUCGCCACCGCCCUUGACCAGUCCAAAACCCUCCUCGCUCUCGCCCAAAACCGCCAAAAACAAUACGCAGACAUUCGCCGCCGCCCUCUUAUCCUUCAAGCCGGGGACCAGGUCUACCUAUCCACCUCUAACCUGUCCCUCCCCGGCCGAACCGAGGUCCGCAAACUUUUUCCCAAAUUUAUCGGCCCCUUCCCCGUCCAACAGGUCAUCUCCGAAACCGCCUACAAACUCCACCUUCCUGACCACAUGCGCAUCCACCCCGUCUUUCACGUAUCCAACCUCAAACCCUUCCAUCCCAACGAUGACGCCAGCUUCCCGGACCGCAACCCUCCGCCACCUCCUCCAGUCAUGACCGACACCGGUCCAGCCCACCCCAUCGACCAAAUCCUUGAUUUCCGCAACCUCCGCCGCGGAAACCGCACCAAACUCCAGUACCUCGUCACCUUCAAAAACCUUCCCCUCCACGACGCCCGCCGGCGCUGGGUUGACUCCGCCACUGU